AUGUUCGAGAUAGAAGGUCCCUCAUACUUCAAGGUAGAGGUAGAAAAGACACAAAACAAGGAUUCGUUAGACGAAGACUCUGGCUCUACGGAUGGACUACUAUAUGAAAGCCGUACUGUGUCACUCCGAGAACGCUGGGUUCGGAAAGGCAAAAGCACCAAGAUUGCUUUAGCUCUUGCACUGUGUGUCCUCAUCGGAACUCAUAUACUAGCCGUACUCCUGGGCCUGAAGCUGCAGCCAAACGUGGAUGAUCUUUGUCUUCAUCACAAUUCAGCUUACUCACCGGUUCUGAAAGAAAUAAACCCCGAGUUACAUCUUGUUCAAUUCAACGGAACCCUAGGGCAUCCCUCUGAGUUUACGGGUGAUCCAAGUCCCGAAUUGGAUGCUGUGUGGGACAAGUGGGCGUACGUCAAAUAUGCAAGUAUUCCGCCGAAAGAAUUCCUAAAACUUCCCGGCGCAGACCCGGAAGCUGCGCGGCUCACUCCUGAGUACGGAGGAGGAUAUAUUGGUUUCUUGGAGAUCAGCCACCAACUACAUUGCCUAAACAUGAUGCGUCAGGCUAUGAACCAAGAUUAUUAUAACAACCCCGAUUUCCCCGAACAGCAAGCCCCAGUUUUCACUGAUAGGCCAUUUACUGUCAAAAUGCAUCUACAGCAUUGCGUUGAGAUUUUGCGCCAGAAUAUCAUGUGCAAUGCUGAUGUUGGAAUUAUUCCUCAUGAGUGGGUUUCCCAAACUCCAGACCCAUUUGCCAACUUCAAUACCUGGCACAAGUGUCGCGAUCUCAAGAGCGUGGAGAAUUGGAUUCAUGAACAUGAGAUUCCUACCACACCCGAUGGGAGUGACUUGCCAAUUCCUCUGGAUUCAAAAAUUUUUACCGCCCUGCCGUAA